GACCAACCCUUGGGCUGCUCCGGGCAGCCCAGCUGUGUGCUUUCCCUCAAGGCGGACGCCCCUCGCUUGUCCCGCCCCUGGUGACUCACUGCUGCCCUGGCCCCCAGCCACAGCUAUCUCCUGGCUAGAAGCAGGCACAAGGUUGUGCAGAAGCCAUAGGGUCUGGUGUGCAAGGGCUGCUCGGCCAGGAGGAUCUGGAGCAGCCAAACAGCCAGUGCCUCCAAGCUGGCCCAGGGACAGCAAGGCCAGUGACAGGGACCUGUGGUGGCUUGUAGGAGCCAGUGACGCCCCCUUUCCCCUGGACUUGGGGCCUUUUCUUUCUUCUUCCCACCAUGAAGAAGGAAGUGACCUGACAGCCAGCGAAGAGAGACAGCCCCCGGUGGGGAGGAGACCAGGUUCGCAGGACAGUGACUGUGGGCCCUUUGACGACUCUCCCCCACCUAGUCAGGCAUGAAGGGUGGUGGCAGCGCCGUGUGGAGCCUUAUGUGGAAGUACUGCAUCUCCGUGAGGACCCUCAGCGUGGAGGGCGAGGCCCCGAGCAGUGAGACCUGCACGUCGCUGGACAGCCCCUCAGCCCGCCGCCAGGGCCCCUUAGUGCCUGGCUCCAGCCGGAGCCCCGACCACUACGAACACACGUCCGGGGGUGCCUAUGGGCUAUACUCGGCGCCACCGGGGCAGCAGCAGCGCACGCGGAGGCCCAAGCUGCAACACUCCACGUCCAUCCUGCGCAAGCAGGCCGAGGAGGAGGCCAUCAAGCGAUCACGCUCCCUCUCUGAGAGCUAUGAGCUCUCCUCAGACCUGCAGGACAAGCAGGUGGAGAUGCUAGAACGGAAGUAUGGGGGACGCCUGGUGACCCGCCAUGCGGCCCGCACCAUCCAGACGGCCUUCCGCCAGUACCAGAUGAACAAGAACUUCGAGCGCUUGCGCAGCUCCAUGUCUGAGAACCGCAUGUCACGCAGGAUCGUACUGUCCAACAUGAGGAUGCAGUUCUCCUUUGAGGGGCCUGAGAAGGUGCACAGCUCCUACUUCGAGGGCAAGCAGGUCUCGGUGACCGAUGAUGGCUCUCAGCUGGGGGCCCUAGUGCCACCUGAGUGCAGUGACCUUGGUGAGCUGCCUGCCCUCAAGUCUUCAGCCCCUUGCAGUGACUUCGCAGAUGCCAUCACGGAGCUGGAGGACGCCUUCUCCCGGCAGGUGAAAUCGCUGGCUGAGUCCAUCGACGACGCCCUCAACUGCCGCAGCCUCCACACGGAGGAGGUGCCGACCUCUAGCACUGGCCGGACGCGGGACUCCGAGGCCCCGGCGGCCCUGCACAGCGUGGACCACCACAAACUGGACGAGAUGACAGCCUCGUACAGUGACGUCACCCUGUACAUCGACGAAGAGGAACUGUCACCACCGCUGCCCCUGUCACAGGCGGGGCACCGGCCGCCCAGCGCCGAGUUAGACCUGCGGCCACGGGCCAGGGGUGCUGCCCAGGACUACUGGGCCCUAGCUCAUAAGGACGACAAGGGGGACACGGACACGAGCUGCCAGAGCACGCCAUCGCUUGAGCGGCAAGAGCAGAGGCUGCGGGUGGAGCACCCGCCACUGCUCACCAUUGAGCCCCCCAGCGACAGCUCCGUGGACCUCAGCGACCGCUCAGACCGCGGCUCCCUCAAGAGGCAGAGCGCUUACGAGCGCGGUCUCAGCGGGCAGCAGGGCAGCCCCAAGCACGGCCCUCACAGCAGCUCCACCAAGGACCUCCCACGGGAGGAGCCGGACUUGCGGCCCCGGCCGCCCAGGCCCCUGGAUGGCCACCUGGCUAUCAACGGCUCGGGCAGCAGGCAGAGCAAGUCGGAGUCAGACUACUCCGACGGGGACAACGACAGCAUCAACAGCACGUCCAACUCCAAUGACACCAUCAACUGCAGCUCCGAGUCGUCGUCCCGUGACAGCCUGCGGGAGCAGACGCUCAGCAAGCAGACCUACCACAAGGAGACCCGCAACAGCUGGGACUCACCUGCCUUCAGCAACGAUGUCAUCCGCAAGAGGCACUAUCGCAUCGGCCUCAACCUCUUCAACAAGAAGCCCGAGAAAGGCAUCCAGUACCUCAUCGAGCGUGGCUUCGUGCCUGAUACGCCUGUCGGGGUGGCCCACUUCCUGCUGCAGCGCAAGGGCCUCAGCCGGCAAAUGAUCGGAGAAUUUCUGGGCAACCGGCAGAAGCAGUUCAACCGCGACGUGCUAGACUGCGUGGUCGAUGAGAUGGACUUCUCUGCCAUGGAGCUGGAUGAAGCCCUGAGGAAGUUCCAGGCGCACAUCCGUGUCCAGGGGGAAGCUCAGAAGGUGGAGCGGCUCAUUGAGGCCUUCAGCCAGCGGUACUGCAUCUGCAACCCCGGGGUCGUGCGGCAGUUCCGGAACCCGGACACCAUCUUCAUCCUGGCCUUCGCUGUCAUCCUACUCAACACGGACAUGUACAGCCCCAACGUCAAGCCCGAGCGCAAAAUGAAGCUGGAGGACUUUGUCAAGAACCUCCGAGGUGUGGAUGACGGGGAGGACAUUCCCCGGGAGACGCUGAUUGGGAUCUAUGAGCGGAUCCGCAAGCGAGAGCUGAAGACCAGUGAGGACCAUGUGUCGCAGGUGCAGAAGGUGGAGAAGCUCAUCGUGGGGAAGAAGCCGAUUGGAUCCCUGCACCCUGGGCUUGGCUGUGUGCUCUCUCUGCCUCACCGGCGGCUGGUCUGCUACUGCCGGCUCUUUGAGGUUCCAGACCCAAAUAAGCCCCAGAAACUUGGAUUGCACCAGCGAGAAAUCUUCCUGUUCAAUGACCUGCUGGUGGUCACCAAGAUCUUCCAGAAGAAGAAGAACUCGGUGACGUACAGCUUCCGACAGACGUUCUCCCUGUGCGGCAUGCAGGUCCUGCUCUUUGAGAACCAGUACUACCCCAAUGGCAUCCGGCUCACAUCUGCAGUCCCUGGAGCAGACAUAAAAGUGUUAAUAAACUUUAAUGCUCCCAAUCCUCAAGACCGGAAGAAAUUCACCGAUGACCUGCGAGAGUCCAUCGCGGAGGUGCAGGAGAUGGAGAAACACCGGAUAGAGUCGGAGCUCGAGAAGCAGAAGGGUGUCGUGCGUCCCAGCAUAUCUCAGUCCUCCAGCCUCAAAAAGGAGUCGGGCAACGGGACGCUGAGCCGGGCCUGCCUGGACGACAGCUAUGCCAGCAGCGAGGGUCUCAAGCGCAGUGCCCUCAGCAGCUCCCUGAGGGACCUCUCAGAAGCAGGGAAGCGAGGGCGUCGCAGCAGUGCGGGAUCGCUAGAGAGCAAUGUGGAAGGGUCCAUCAUUAGCAGUCCUCACACGCGCCGGAGAGCCGCAUCAACACGCGAGUGUGCUUCUCGCCCACACCAGACCAUGCCUAGCUCAUCCUCCCUCCUGGGCUCCUUAUUUGGGAGUAAGAGAGGGAAGCCCCCUCCGCAGGUGCACCCGCCCCCAGCCCCGCCCCAGCCCCCUCCACACCCACCAGGCCUACCCCACCCGCACCACCAGGGGCCUGCAGAGGGCGCUCCGCACGCGCAUCAUGCCCAGUACUGCCACGUGCCGCAGAACCCGCCCCCCUACCACCACCAUCACCACUACCAUCCCCCCCAGCACGUCCAGCACGCACACCAGUACCACCACGGCCCCCAUGGGGGGCACCCACCCUAUGGGGCCCACUCGCACAGCCAUCCGCCGCUGCCCUCGGCCCACGCCAGCCACAUGGGCCACACAGCACACCACCAUGGGCAGCCCCUUGCCCCACCGCCCCCCACCAGCAGCAAGGCCAAGCCCAGCGGCAUUAGCACAAUUGUGUAGACAACCUGGGCGGGAGUCCCAGACUCCCGGGAACAAGUGCACGCCACACAGAAGCACGCCAGGGGUGGCCAGCCUCACACCAGACCCAGGGCAUUUCUGUUUCCAUCUCUCUCCCCCUGAGCCCCUGGGCUUGUGUUGUAGGGAACAAAGCUCCUGAUUUAAUUUAGCAUUGGCACCCCAGGCUCCACCCACCUCAACCCAAGGGUGGGUCUCGGCACCAUCAGCCUCGACAGGGUGCCUCCGGCCCAGUCAUGUUGAACUGCCCCCCACCCACUGCAGCCCUCAGGUCUCUGCUCCCAGUUGUACAUGCAUCUAUGAAAACCCAGCCUAGGAAAAGAAGAAAUGAGACACAAAAAACCAGAGACAGAACACAACAAAAAAACCCAAAACUUGCUGCAUUAUUGCUCUUUUAUUGACAAUGGGCAAAAAAUUAAGUAGACCUGAUAUGGUUGAUGAAAAUACGUAAGUAAACUUUAUAUAAUAUAAAUAUAUAAAUAUAAAUAAAUAAAUAUAUAUAUUAUAUAUACACACUGUAUAGGUAGUAUUUGUGUGUGAAAGGCAAAUGUUUCAGUCCACAAAAUUAGCAAUAUAGACUUCACAAGGACCUCCACUUACCUAACCAGAAGACAGUACCUUAGAUGAAUGUGUGAGAGAGUAGACCAAAAACCUAAAUGCUAGGAACAAACUCAGAUACUUCCAUAUUUUCAUAAAAAGAGAAGUCCCUCUAGGACCGACAAAUCUUUACGCAAUCAUUACUUAUUGUGCCAAGUAACAUAGCAUCUAACUGUUUAAAAAGUCUAGUAUUGCUUUGUAUAAAUCCUUAUUUUAUUAACAGAAUACUAUCAUAAGUAAUCAGUAUUAUAACUGCUGUUAUUUCAGGUAAGCAAAUAGAUAAAAUGCAGUAAAGUACAGUAGCAACUUGGGAUGACUAGUUAAGAACUGGUUGUCUUAGAAUAUUGGUUACACAGAUUCAUAGACACUUUAACGGCUGUGAAAACUGUGAAUUUCCAUGAUCCAUAUUUCUUUUAUAUGCAUCUGAUUUGAUGUACACUCAUGUAGAGUCCUCUGAAAGGGGCACCCAUACACUGCGGACGUAUCAUCUUCAACAUGACAAUGACCCACCCUCAUUCCCGUCUCCCCAGCACCAUAACUUCCUCAUCCUGUUUCCAGCUACAGCAGGCCGAAGCCCCCGAGCGUGGUUCCACCAGGAACCUCUCAAACCUGCAGGCCGAUUCUAGUGUCUAGCAGCCCAGGGUGGUGUGUGUGCUUCCCGUUUUGUUCUCUGAGUGGUAGCCGUGAUCAUUGUAACUCCAUGUAGCCAUGCGCUAGCACAACCCCUGUGUCAUCACUGCGGCGCAUCUGACCCCAGCUGACAAGUGCCCAGCCCUCGCCAGUGAAGCCCCCGCUGCCUCUCAUGGUCCAGUUAGCUGCCGGGGCAUCACAUGACUCUCAGCUGUGCUCUUGUCGCUUCCAUGUUGUGGUGACACCAUCUGCUCCCCUGGGGCCGGGCGCUGCACACGUCCGGUUCUGUGCCUGAGUCACCCAUGGGCUGUACUUUGUAGUUUCAGCCUUUCGAGCCACUGCAGCCACCAGUGCUGUGUUCCUAAGCCAUGAGACCCGAGGACUGCCCCACGGCACCUGCCCAGGCGGAGAGCCCUUUCAGAAAGGGAGAAGCUAACGCAGGACUGUGGGCGGCAGGGCCCGUGCUCCGUGGAAGGCGUGGCCAGCUGUGGCAGGACGGAGACAACAGGGGAGCCCACCCUGGCCAGCUGGCCGGGGGUCUGUCCAUUUCCCUCCCCACCCAACCCUUGUCAUAUUAUUGAGGUCACCAUACCAGCAAAUCUGCAAACCAAGCACUUUGUUGAUCUCCACAGAGAGCAAAUACAGCAAUGUAGAGUUUAGCCUUUUUAAAAAAGAAGUCGGACUUGAAGCUGCCUGCUGUUAUCUUCCCAUCAGUAUAGCAUUUCUCUCUUGGGCAUCUGCUCAGAAAGAGAGACGGAAAAAGCACAGGUGUGCCUGAUGGCCCAGGUCCAGCAGGUGGGGAGGUGCCCCUUCCCCAUUCCAUUGACUCCUGAGUUCCUUGGUUUUCCUUCAGAGCCAGGUUCCCCGAGGCAUUCUGUUGUGCAGUUUAAAGGAUGUUGUUCUGACAAGGAAAAAUCAAAUUGUAAUGCGUGUCAUCUGCGUUGGUCGUGUGAGGCCACAUCUAUGUAUUGUAUAUUUCCAAAAUAUAUCAGUGUUACUGUUGACGAAUAGUUGAAGUAAAAUGAUAACAUAUUAAAUAUGUCGGCUUUUCUUCACCCUUCUGUACCAAUGGUAGAGUCCAACUAGAAACUCUAUAGGUUGUUCCAGAAAAGAUACAGGCUGCUUGGUACAAGAUUGCCCUUUCCGAAGGGACAAUCACUAGCGAAAAAAACAAAAAGAACCAACAAAUUCGUUGAUGGGGGCCGGUGGGAGGGGCGCUCUCUCCUUUGUGUCCUACAUGCCCCAGGGCCGUUCAGAACUCUCACCUCCAAAGUUGUCAUUGGUGUGCCCUGAAGUUUUGUUAGGGUGCCACAGAGCCGGGUCUGGUGAAAGCUUCUUGAACAAACUCAGUUUCUCCCCAUGUUUCCAACUUUAUACAGUGUAUUGGGUUCAGGUCAGUGAGGUUUCAUCAUUCUAUGUGUUUUAUUUACAAACUUAUCAUUGGAAAUGUUUUCAGAAGUU